UUAAUUCAGUAGUAUAAGUUACAUUAAAUUAUAUAAUAAUAUAUUUAUCAUGUCAUUAUAUAGAUUUAAGAUUAGCUCUCUGUGUCGCUAUUACUCGCAAACCGCCGCUGUUGUUUCUAACAAGUCCCAUCCUCAUGGAAAUACUGUUGAUCAAAAGUUGCCUUCUUUUGCGAAAAGUUUAUAUGUAGGAAAUUUUGUAAAAGCAGCAUUUGCUAUAAAUACCAAAGAAGUCAACUUACCGAAAUUGGAUGAACUCUUCGGUGUUUGUGUGCCCAAAGAAUUUGGAGGUUUAGAAUUGUCUUCAGCUUCAGUUUCGGAAGCUUAUAAGCGAAUUAAUUUUGCUGACUUACGAGAAUAUAUUGCCCAUGGUAGUGUUGUAAAGUGCAUUAAUACGACUGGAACAGAUGAACAAAAAAGAAAGUUUUUACCUCAACUGGCUUCUGGUGAGUGUAUUGCAUCAUUUUGUAUUUAUGAAAGCAAAUAUGGACAUGAUAUUCAAAACACUGAAACUAAAGCCUCUCAAAAAAAUGGGAAAUGGGUGAUAAAUGGCUCAAAACAAUGGGUAGUGAAUGGAGAACGAGCCGAUAUGUUUUUAGUACUUGCUAAAACCAUGGAUGAAUGCAAUCGUCCAGAGAGUGAACAAAAUUUUUUCACCGCCUUUUUAGUUAAGAAAUCACAAAAUAGUGGCAUUAAAAUUACUUCUGAAGGAAAUCAUUAUAAUGUGACUUUUAAAAAUGUUGAAGCCGAUUGUAUAUUAGGAUCUGAAAAUGAAGGCCAUAACUGUUAUACAAUGUUGUUUAAUGGUGAUUUAUUGGAAUCAUCUUCUGCUACAUUAGGUGAAGUAAAAAGUAUUGUUGAAAAAACUUCUAAAAAUUUCCAUUCCCAUGAUCGAUCCAGUUUGAUUAAACUAGGAAAGCUUAAUAGUCAUUUGUAUACUAUGGACUGUGUUCUGGAAUUUACUAGUCUAUUAUUAGAUACUUACAACCCUAAGAGUGACUAUGAGUUGAUUCUUGCUCGUUUGUUUGUUAGCGAAACAACACGUAGUUGUUUAAAUUUGUUGAAUGAUUUGGGUCUAUCCAAGAAGUCAUUUAAAUAUAUUGAAAACUCGUUAUUAUUUGAAGGUAAAUCAAAUUUAUUACCGAUUGUUGGUGCACUACUUGGCAUUCAGUAUGCUGGGCAGUUUAUGGCAGAAGAUGUGAAACAAUUAAGAAAUCCACUUAUGUUUCCCAAGUAUACAUUAAGUCAUAUUAUGAGAAUUCAACGAUCGUUGAAAAAUAAACCAAAAUUGAAUCAUUACAUUGAGAAGCACUUACAUCCGUCACUCAAGAAACAGGCAUUGGAUCUAGAAUAUUGUUUGAGUAGAUUACAAUUUGGUGUUCAGAAUAUGUUUAUCAAUCUUGGUCCAGACACUUGCUAUUACCAAAUGAUACUCGAAAGGGUUAACAGUGUUGCUAUGGAUUUGUUUGCUUUAGCAGCUGUGUUACGUAGAGUAUCGCAAAAACUUUAUAAUUCAAAUACUCAACUAUAUCCUACAGAAUUAGUUUUUGCCAAUGUAUUUUGCAACAGUAUUCGUGAACAGUGCAAUCAAAGAGUAAAUGAAAUACUAGAUGCUCCACACAAUGUUGUGGAUCCACAUUAUAAAAUUAUUGGCCAAAAUUGUUUUGUCGAGAAAAGUUAUUUUUUUGAACAUCCUUUGAAAAGAAAUAUUUUUUAA